AGUAGUACUGGAUUUCGCAUCCUUCAAUACUACAGUAUUCGAGCACAUGAUGUACAACUAAAUACAAUAUUUUUCUAGAACUCAUUGGUGUAGUCAAAUAAUGCUGGUGUACUGUACACAUUACCAAAGUGCCAAACAUCAUUCUAUUGUGUCUACUGAGCUGCGGCCUGAAUGCUAUCAGUGCCACGACUGCUGCUACUGGUAGUCGUGUUCUCUUUUCGUUUCGUCGCCUGACUUAUUCGCCGCACGUCCAAUACCACCGGAAGGUCCGCUUCUGUAGACCCUUCUGGGGGCUUGCCCCCGGCUGCCAUGAUCACCGCUGUGUUGAAACCCCGCGCAUUUUCCAGCAUAAGGAGGUGCCCCGCAUUCUUCACCUGAUAGACGUCCACGUUUGGUGACUCGUGAUCUUGAUUCUUGUUCGACAAAGUACCCCUCGCAUUCUCCAGACAGAGGCGCUGGACGUCCAGGCCACCGUUCACAUCCAUCCAAUCAUGCAUACCAUAAAAAAACGAGACGUUUUUGACCCCCAGAUUGGGGAUGCGUCGCAACAAGGGCUUCUUGGCCAUGGCCCCGGGCUUCAGAAUCGCACCCAAGCAAUACUCGCCGCUUCCCGGAAGAAUGUUUCCGGUGUACAUAUAUUCGGAGAGAACGGCUCGUUCGUCGGGAUCGGCAAUUGCGGGCAGACGCCUCUCGAUGUAUUGCUCCACGAGCCUCCGACCGCGCGAUUCCGGAAAACUCCGCAGAAGCGAGGCUGGGGUGUACCCCGACUCCCAGAGGGACACGAACAUGCCGUACAUGAGCCGCCGGGGGAGCGAGCUUUUCAUAACCCGCUCCCGGAAAUCGUUUUGUUCCUCGGAUGUCUCCUCUGGAACACCAACGGGGCUCAAGAGCAGCAACCGAUCGACUCGUUCCGGGUAUUUUUCGCAGUAGGCAACGCUCAGAUAUCCGCCCAUGGAGUGGCCCGCCAGAGUCAUCUUGUCGAUUUGAUUUUUCGACCGCCAGGCCUCUAGGCUUUCCACGAAAAAGGCCUCAGCGCUUUCCACCGAGUCGUCCUUCAAACGAAAGGAAGGGCGGCUCGAGAGGCCCCAUCCCAGGAGAUCGACCGAAAUCACGGUGUUGAAAUAAUUAGCGAGACCCGCAAGAUUUCUAUAGAAAUAAAGUGCACCGUUCAUGUAUCCGUGCACAAUGACGAGUGGGUAUUCUUCUUGUCGUUGCAAGCGCUGACUAGAAUUCGACGAGGACGACUGUUGGUUGUUUUCAUGGGUGACACGGAUGGCGUGCAUCGACAAAGGUUCCUCUUUGUCGUCGUCACAGCAACUAUUGUCGGCACCGUUGCUCCAAAGGGGAAGGAUCGAGGAGGAAAUAGCGGUAUCGAACAACUCCAUCUUGUACGUCGACUGGCCGACGUCGUCCUUGGCAUUCCGGUCUCCAAACCGACGCGCUAAAGCCACGAGCCCGGCCUCUGCCUUUCUCAUCGUCUCCAUCCUCAAGGCAACCUGUGCCGCGGUAGACGUCCAAAAGAACAUGCUGACGGUCGUAUGAGCUUGUAUCUAGUUUUCGAUUACGUUGUUUCUUUUUUUGUCACUGAAAGUGUCAGUGGGUAUGAGAGCUUAUUGAUGAGAUACAAGUAUGUGGACUCUGUGUCGCGCUUGGUGUUGUGUUCCUUUCCGCUUGCUCCGUUUUUUUUGUUCUGAAGAAAGCAGUGUUGGACUCUUACGACGAAACGGACUUUGACGAGACGAAAUAAUGAGAAAAUACUGUA